AAAAAAAUUAAAAUAAAUAUGGAAGUUUUAAUGUACGAAAUUCAUCGUCUGUGGGACGGGUAUUUGUACUAUCUCGAUCGAGCCGACCCCAGAGUUGAAAAAUGGCUGCUGAUGUCCAACUACUGGCCGUCGAUCGCCCUAACAGUGAUGUACCUGUUGGCUGUUUAUGCAACUGUCAAGUUUAUGGAGAAUAGGAAGCCGUUUUCUUGUUACUGGGCGAUGCUCGCUUACAACGUUACAUUGGUGGUCCUUAACUUUCAUAUCUGGUUUCAGCUAAUAACUGCUACGACGAGAAGGAGGUAUAGUUACAGUUGCCAACCUGUUGACUACUCAGACAAUCCCGACGAAAUUAGUAUAGCCAAAGCUCUCUGGUGGUUUUACAUCUCGAAAUUAGUGGAAUUCUUUGACACCAUCUUGUUUGCCCUUCGUAAGAAGAACAGUCAGAUCACCUUUCUGCACGUCUACCACCACGCCACCAUGUUCCCAAUAUGGUGGAUCGGUAUCAAAUGGGUGGCCGGUGGGCAGUGUAAGUGUGUGUGUGUUUGUGUAUGCGUGUGUAUGUGUUUGUCUGUGUGUGUGUGUUUGUAUGUGUGCAUGUCUGUAUCUGUAUAA